CUAACUACCCCCUGUCUUUCCACCUCGGUGUCCACUAGUGGAAUCACGAGAAUCCGAUUCCGAACUCUCCACAUAAAGAAAAUUCAACAAAAACUCGUUUGUGCACUUCGAUCAGAAGCUUCAAGAACUGAGAAUCGCAAAAGGAAGGAACUUUAAAUAAAUUUAAGAGAAUCAUAUUGGAGGAGUAUAUUCAUCUCUUAAAUGACUCAAGAUACCUCUGCUGCUGCUGAAUCACCCAGGCGACGGUCUGGUCUGCUGCGGGAUCAAGUCCAACUGGUUAAGAAAAAGGACGAUCGAUAUGAGAUUGUUCCGAUAGAAGAUUCCUUAUCCUUUGAGAAAGGUUUCUUCAUUGUAAUUCGUGCAUGCCAAUUAUUGGCUCAGAAGAAUGAUGGGUUAAUUUUAGUUGGAGUAGCAGGACCUUCUGGAGCUGGAAAAACUGUGUUCACCGAGAAAGUGCAAAACUUCAAGUCCAGCAUUGUUGUUAUAUCAAUGGACAACUAUAAUGACUCCAGUCGCAUUAUUGAUGGGAACUUUGAUGACCCCCGAUUGACAGAUUAUGACACACUGCUUGAAAAUAUCCGGGGUUUAAAAGCAGGGAUACCUGUUCAGGUUCCAAUAUAUGACUACAAGUCUAGCUCUCGCACAGGAUACAGGACUGUUGAAGUUCCUAGUUCCCGCAUUGUAAUCAUUGAAGGAAUAUAUGCCUUGAGUGAAAAGUUGCGGCCUUUCCUAGAUCUCCGUGUAUCUGUUACUGGUGGGGUCCAUUUUGACCUUGUUAAGCGAGUAUUGAGAGACAUUCAACGUGCUGACCAAGAGCCUGAAGAAAUUAUCCAUCAAAUCUCUGAGACGGUGUAUCCUAUGUAUAAGGCUUUCAUUGAGCCAGAUCUCCAAACAGCACAUAUCAAAAUCAUCAACAAGUUUAAUCCGUUCUCUGGAUUUCAGAACCCCAUUUAUAUUUUAAAGUCAACAAGGUCAGUGACAGUGGAUCAAAUUAAGGCUGUUCUUUCUGAAGGAUAUAAAGAAACUACAGAGGAAACUUAUGACAUAUAUCUUCUACCACCUGGUGAAGAUCCAGAGGCGUGUCAAUCAUAUUUGAGGAUGAGGAAUAGAGAUGGAAAAUAUAAUCUCAUGUUUGAGGAGUGGGUCACAGACAGUCCAUUCAUAAUAUCACCUAGAAUAACUUUUGAAGUUAGUGUACGCCUUCUUGGAGGGCUUAUGGCUUUGGGAUAUACAAUUGCAUCCAUCCUUAAAAGAAGCAGCCAUAUCUUUAAAGAUGAUAAAGUGUGCGUGAAGACUGAUUGGUUGGAGCAACUUAAUCGCCGGUAUGUCCAGGUGCAAGGUCGAGAUCGCUCGCAUGUUAAACAUGUCGCAGAGCAGCUUGGCUUGGAAGGUUCUUAUUGUCCUCGCACAUACAUAGAGCAGAUCCAGCUAGAGAAGCUUGUAAAUGACGUUAUGGCGCUACCAGAUGAUUUGAAGACAAAGCUUAGUAUUGAUGAUGAUUUAGUUUCAAGCCCUAAAGAAGCCCUUUCCCGAGCCUCUGCAGAUAGGAGGAUGAAGUAUCUGAGUCGCAGCAUAUCACACUCAUUUUCACAUCAGCGGGACAAGAAUCUCCAAAAACUGACAAAACUUUCUAUUAACAGUAGAAGGUUUGAUGGAAGGGCACCAGAUUCACCUGCUACAAUUGCAAACCAGGGAGUCAUCACUCAACUCUCAGAACAAAUUUCUACUUUGAAUGAAAGGAUGGAUGAGUUUACAUCCCGUAUCGAAGAGCUGAAUUCCAAGUUCUCUGUCAAAAAAGUUUCAGGCAGCCAACAAAACUUAGCUGUGCAGGCUGAAGCCUGCAAUGGCUCUGGACCCACUUCUCUUUUCAUGACUGGCUUGGGUAACGGUUCACUGCUGCCCCAUUCUUCAUCUUCUUCCCAGUUGGCUAGAGAGUCCCCAAUAAUGGAGGAGGUUCUGAUGAUUGCGCGCGGACAACGCCAGGUAAUGCAUCAGUUAGACAAUCUGAGCAAUCUGCUUCAUGAAUACUUUGGAGAAAGGUCUCGCCAAGCAAGGGUCGACAGGACUUCAACCAGAAUGGCUGAUGUUGAGACCAUUGGCAUCCCUCUUGUUCUUACCCUUGCAUUUGGUUGUUUAGGUGUGUUUUUGUUCAAGAGUAUCACAUCCCCAAAAUGAUUUCCGUGCCAAACAUAAUGGUAUUAGCAUACCAAUAGACAUUUGUAUCUUUCUCUGUUGAAAGAUGGAGAGAUGAAUAGCAGCUUUGCAUCAAACAUUUGAUUUUGGUGCUGGAAGUGGUGUAGGAAGAUAUUAUAAAGCCAAUAGGCGCUCCUCACCUUCAACACUCCACAACAUAUUCCUGCUUUGUAUUUUUAAUUAGCAAUGAUAUAAUCCCAGAUCUAUUGCAGAAUAAGUAUUUAGUCAAUGU